UCAGUCUCUCCAUCCUCACACACCCACCCCUCAAAUCCACAGGGUCCUCGGCUCCUUCUGAUUGGUCGGGGAUGAGGCAACACUGGGGGACGGGAACAAUGUCAUCAUGUCGCCUUAAAAAGAGUGCAGCUAUGUUGUGGUGAAAGCACCUCGGGAGGACGAGAGGAUCAGUGGCAGGAGGACACAAACAAAAAAGGCGCAUCAGAUGUUUCUGUCCGCAAGCAGCUGAAAGUGGAUUUCUUCUCCCCGCAGCAGCCUCCCAAGUGCCUUCAGCUCUCCGUCCAGCGCGAACAUGCCCAGAGGAUUUUUGGUGAAAAGAAACAAGAAAACCAAUCCGGUGUCCUACCGGGUUCGGUCUGACGAGGAGGUAGCGGAGCAAACAGCGGCUGAUGCACCUCUGCCGCUGCCACCGUCUCCUGCCUCCAUCCCGGUGCGCGCUCAGACGCCGACGCCCACCUGCGGGGCGGCGGCCACGGCCCCGGAGCAAGACACCAAACCCGUGCAAUUCGGGAACCCGGAGGGGGUGUACCAGGCGCUCUACAGCCCCACCCGCCCCGUCAGCCAGGACCACGACCGCUCCUACUUCGAGAGACGCUUCAACCUCGGAUCACCGGUUUCCGCUGAGUCUUUCCCCACACCAGCAGCGCUCACCGCUUUAGACCAUCUCUUCGCCCCGGUGGACCUGAAAAUAGGCUCCAGCAACAGCAGCCGCACCGACACCAACGCUACAACCACCGGCACGCUACCCGCCGCCGGGACCAAACGGCCGUCCAGCGACACCGAGCGCAAAGGCAAACCCCCAUCCAAAAAAACCAAAGCAAUCCGGAAACUGCACUUUGAGGACGAUGUCACUACAUCUCCGGUUCUCGGGCUCAAGAUUAAAGAGGCACCGGUGGACCAGAAGCCUCCCAGACCCCAGCAGCCUGGAGGUGACAACAACCCGCUGGGCGAGUUCGUGUGCCAGCUGUGCCGGGAGGCGUACGCUGACCCGUUCGCUCUGGCGCAGCACAAGUGCUCCAGGAUAGUCCGGGUCGAGUACAGGUGUCCUGAGUGUGACAAGGUUUUUAGCUGCCCGGCAAACCUCGCCUCGCACCGGCGGUGGCACAAACCGAAACAGCAGAACGGAACCUCCGGUGCGCAAAAUGUGGAGAGCGACAAGCUGGCAGCUUCUGGUAAAACAGCGCCGGAUGAAGCGAAGGAUUCUAGUGACAGGGACACACCCAGCCCCGGGCCAUCUGAGUCCGGCUCUGAAGAAGGAAUGUAUGAUUGUAAUCACUGUGGGAAAAAGUUUAAGCGCCAAGCAUACCUGCGGAAGCACCUGGCGUCACAGCACGGCUCCCCAAAACAGGCGGAGGAGGAGGACGCGCCGGCCUGCGAACAGAGCGCGGCUCCGCUCAACCUGAGCUCUUCCAGCUGCCACCUGUGCCCGGUCUGCGGAGAGAACUUUAGCAACAAGGGCAGCCAGGAGCGGCACAUCCGCCUGCUGCACUCCUCACAGGUGUACCCGUGCAAAUACUGCCCCGCCAUCUUCUACAGCUCCCCGGGACUCACCAGACACAUCAACAAAUGCCAUCCGUCCGAGAACCGGCAGGUGAUCCUACUGCAGAUGCCGCUUCGCCCCGCCUGAUGCUCCGGGACACGAGGCUGCUUCACAGUGUCAGAUAACAAGAUACCCAGCCCAGGCCUGUUUCUGAGAAGAUCUUAGACUUACACUGCAAAAAUAUGUGUUAUAAAGCAUUUUAUUCUAAGCCCGUGUUCCUAAGAUAUAACUAUUUAAAUCAAGUACUGCACACUUUGGUGAGAAGCUGAUUAACUUCACUGUUGAUGGGAGUGACCACCCCCCGCACCCCCUUGUUGGUGCAGUCAUUUUAAACUGUUUUCCUAGUUCAACAAAUGUAAGUCUCUAAAAUCUGAUUUCAGCACUGCUUGAGUGAUUUACCAGUUUUCGUCUUGUUCUGGGAUGUUAAAUCAAGAAAAGCACAGAUUCCACGAGGACAUAGUGGAAUUGUUGCCUUUUCUUGAACAACUGAAAUGGUUUUUAGGUGUUUUAGGAUAUUUUUGCAGUGUAGCUUUAGAAAAUAGAAAAUGUCAAAAAAGUAACGAAGAUGAUUCUCAUGCACCCGCUUGUAGAGGUCAGAAGUCAGCCGCUUGCCUGCAGCAGGCAGGGAGUUAGUGCCUUGCUUAAGGACACUUCAGCAGGUUCUGGGUGUGUGUUGGAACCCUCAGCCUAUAAUCACUCUCUGUGAGGAUCCUUGAUGUUAUGUUUCAAAGCGUUAGACUGUUGAUUUAUUUUUCUAGCAUCUCUGCACAAGUGCUAUUAGCUUCUAGACCUAAGAGAGGGGACGACCGGUAGCCAGUAAAAAGCAGAAUUCACAGGCCUGAACAGGCCGUAUCCCAACACUCUGAUUAGCUUUAACAUAGCUUGUGGAUCUGUGGAUCAGUAGCUGUUGCCUAAAAAUGAGAGAGUAAAAACUAGUGUAGCCAGUAAUGCCUUCGGAUUAGAAACUCCUGCUGUAAAACUGCCUUAAACUCAACUCAAUUGAUUGUUUUUCCAUUGCUUAUUUAUCAUUGGCUGCGUGUGAUAUGAUGAUUGUUUUCUACAAAGCCUUCUGUAUUACCACUAUACAGUAUAUCCAAGUCAUGUUUCUCUAUUUAUUUCUAUUUAUUAAAUUAUUUGUGUAAAUUAUUGCUCUGUGUGGUUAAACCUGUGAUCUGUUGCUGUGUUUAUUCAUGAUGUUGCCAAAUUAUUUUCUUUAAUUUAUAUUGAAACAGUGUGAGGAUGGUGCGUUCAAGUGAUUAUAGCAAUCAUUGAGUUUUAUCAGCCUCUCUUGGAUAAUAACCGAAUGCAAUCAUAAUUAAAUUUUUUAUUUUUGUUUUGGUUUCUCUGUAAACCUUAGCUCUUUUACUGCUUUGGAUGUUUCUGCAGUAUUUUGCUAAAUGUCAAAAAAUAAAAAAUAA